AUGAAUCAUAAUAAUACUUUAAGAAGAUUACAUGUUACACAAAGACAUUUAGUUGAAAACUAUAAUAUUUCAAAUAAUAAUAAUAAUGAAUCACCAUUUGGAUUAGAAUCAUCAGAUACCUGUGGUAUUAUUGGUUUUGUUGGUAAAGAAGAAGCUAUUAAUUACCUUUUAGAAGGUUUGUCAAUUUUAGAAAAUAGAGGUUAUGAUUCAGCUGGUGUAACUACAAUUUCAUCAGAUAACAGUUUAAUUACAUCGAAAUAUGCAAGUUUAAAUACAACAAGCGAUGCAAUUUCAAGAUUAAAAUCAGUUGCACAUUUACAUAAAGGUCAUGUUAUUGGUAUUGCUCAUACUAGAUGGGCUACUCAUGGUGGUAAAACAGAUAAAAACGCUCAUCCACACCACGAUGCAAAGAACAGAAUCGCAGUUGUCCACAAUGGUGUCAUUGAAAAUAACUCAUCAUUAAGAGAAGAAAUCGAAAAGAAAGGUAUUGUUUUUAGAUCAGAAACUGAUACUGAAGUUAUUGCUCAAUUGAUUGGUAUAUUUUUAGAUCAAGGCUUAGGUAUUAUUGACGCUAUUAAAGAAACACAAAAUAAACUACAGGGUACUUGGGGUAUUGCCGUUGUUUGUAAUGAUACACCAGAUCAAAUUAUUGCAGCUAGAAAUGGUAGUCCAUUGUUAAUUGGUAUUGGUAAAGAUCGUAUGUUUAUUGCUAGUGAAGCUGGUGCAUUCUCAAGACAUACCAAGGAAUUUAUUUCAAUGGAAAAUGGUGAAAUUGCAGUAUUAAAAGCUGAUGGUCAUUCAUUGGAUUUAAGUAGAAUUGAAAUGGCUGCUCAUGAAGUCAUUGCCUUAUCACCAGAUCCAUAUCCACAUUGGACUAUUAAAGAAAUUAUGGAACAACCAAUGUCAAUCUCUAGAGCACUCAACUAUGGUGGUCGUAUUUCAGAUGAAUCUCGUGUCAAAUUGGGUGGUCUUGAAGAUGCCAAAGAAAUUUUAUUACCUAUAAAGAAUUUAAUUAUUACAGGUUGUGGUACAAGUUUCUUUGCAGGUCAAUUUGGUGCUCGUAUCAUGAGAUACUUGGGAGCAUUUGACACUGUACAAGUAUACGACUCUGCUGAAAUCACCCGUGAUACACUUCCACAUUCAAACGCUGGUGUACUUAUGAUCUCACAAAGUGGUGAAACUAAAGAUGUAGCUCGUGUAAUGACAUUGGCAGAGGAAAGCGGUAUUCCAAGAUUUGCAAUUGUAAAUUCUGUAGGUUCAUUAAUUGCCAGAAGCUCAGUUUGUGGUGUAUAUUUAAAUGCUGGUCGUGAACAUGCUGUAGCAUCAACUAAAGCAUUCACUUCACAAGUUACAGUUUUAUCUUUGGUUGCUAAUUGGUUCGCACAACAUCGUGGUAUUGAAGAAGGUAAAAGACGUCAUUUAAUUGAAUCACUACACAGACUUCCAACUAAUCUUGGUAUGGUUUUACGUGUUAGAGAUAAAUGUAAAGAUAUUGCCAAUAAACUUUAUAAAAAGCAAUCAAUGUUUGUUUUGGGUAAAGGUUUUGCUGAACCAAUUGCAUAUGAAGGUGCAUUAAAGAUUAAAGAAAUUACAUAUAUUCAUGCCGAGGGUUACAGUGGUGGUGCUUUAAAACAUGGUCCAUUUGCUUUACUUGAACAAGGUACUCCAGUUAUUUUAAUUAUUUUAGAUGAUAAUCAUGGUCAAUUAAUGAAGGUUGCCGCUGAAGAAGUUAAAGCAAGAGGUGCUUAUACCAUUAUCAUUACAAAUACUCCAUCAAACGUUAAAAAUAUUGCUGAUGAAAUCAUUGUUAUACCAUCCAAUGGUAUUUUAACAUCAUUAUUAGCAGCAAUUCCAUUACAAUUAUUAGCAUAUGAAGUUUCACUCCUUAGAGGUAUUCAACCAGAUUUCCCUAGAAAUCUUGCAAAAGCUGUAACAACCGAUUAG